UUGAAUAAAAUUAGAAUAAUUCCCUUAGUUCGACAUAUGCAAAAUUUAUCAAAAAGGCAUUUUUAUGGCAUUCUAGUCGAUACAAGUGCAAUUUUGGAAUGCAUCCGUUACGCACUUUCUAGAAAAUUUCCAAUAGUGUUGUGUAAGCCUAGCCAGUUGCUUUCUUACAAACAUGUUCUGCAACAAAUAGACCAGUUCAAAGGGCAGGUAAUAAAGUUAUGCCUUCCCCCACAACAACCUUCAGUUGAAGUUCAACCACGUCCGGACGUACUACUUAAACCCGAAAACCGCAGUUUCCCGUAAAGUGAAGGAAUAUUCAAAAAAAUAAAUAACAAUGAAUCUUCGGUGGUUAUUUUUGGUGGCAUGUUUCGGUUGCAUCUUUCACGCAUCACACGGAUCGAUCAUCAACAGGGCGAUCGAAGCCCAAAAGGCUCUAAUAGAACGUGAGGAAGCCUUUGUGGAGGAGACUCGAAAUGCGAUCCGGGACCGAACCGAUCGAGCGAUGGAGUCCGCCAGACAGCUCCUGCUGAGUACGGCUGAGCGGAUGAUCCAAAUUGCGACCUAUCCGAUCCGGUACGGAGGUCAACUCGCUGGCCAAUCGAGACAACUGUUGAGCAGCGCACGGGAGCGGCUACUCUCGUUUAAUCCAGUGGCGUUUUUUACUGAUCCUGGCACAUCUACCGAAGCUGUUAUUAUCCAUCAGGAGGAAGACGACAUGCCGUAUUUGGAAAAAAUGGAGAUGCGAAUGGCAGCCAUGCCCAAGGGAAAGCCAGAGGAUGUGGCUUUCGAUGCACCGGCCUUAGAGAUGCUAUCGAAUGAUGUUCACGGUGACGAAAAAGUGGCUGUUAGUAAUGAUUGAAGAGUUUAGGAAAAAAAUACAUGAAUUGACGCUGAAAAAUAUGUCUAAUUUACAAUUUCUUUUGAAUUACGUUUCACACGAAGCAAAAUCCGUUGCUCACUGUUAACAAUAUUAACAAUAUUAGAGUGGAGUU